UAGCCUUCCUCAAGGAUUCAAUCAUCUCUCUGAUAAAGAAACACCACUGAAAGCCGCCACCACCACCACCACACAGAAAAAUGGAGGCCAGAGCAUUUUACAGCGGCAGCGCCGGCGGUGUGCCUUUCGCUUUCAGAGCACCAGCAGCAGCAAAAGGAGGCAACUUUGCUUCCUCCUCCCCUCUCCUCAUCCAAUCUAUGGCUACCACGAAACCCAUUCCUUCAGCUACCAACACAGUCAGCUCCAAGAAGAAUUCAUCUGUGAAGCUGCUAACAAGGGUGGAGCAACUGAAGCUGCUGACCAAAGCAGAGAAAGCCGGCCUGCUGUCCACGGCAGAGAAGUCCGGGCUCUCAUUGUCCGUGAUAGAGAAGCUAGGGUUGCUCUCCAAGGCGGAGGAAUUCGGAAUCCUAUCUGCAGCCACCGACCCGGGAACUCCCGGGGCAUUGUUGAGUUUAAGCUUAGGACUGCUGGUUUUGGGUCCAUUUGUUGUUUAUCUUGUGCCUGAGGAUUCUCCUUUGGAGAUAGGGCUACAAGCUGUUGUUGCUUUGGCUGCAAUAGCGGGUGGUUCCGCUGCUUUUGCUGCAUCAAAUCUUGUAUCCAGUUUGCAGAAAUCUAAUUGAAAUUUCAA